AUGAAUACCCGCGAACACCUGAGCGAGGCGGGAUCCCGGAGAACCUCUGAGUCUCAACCGCGAUCCUUGUCUUCGGCACCAGGGUCAUCUCCAACAUUACCAGCGACAACUCUGUCAACUCUGUCAACUCUGUCAACACAAAAGCGUCCUCCGCAACACCUCCUGGACCAGAGACGGCACACGGUCGACUACUCAGCAUGGAGCACUCAGGGAGCCUUUAACCAGUUCCUGUGCGUCGACCAGAUCGCCACACAGAGGUCAGCAGCUGGCUCUGAUCUGUCGAACAAAUACGACAGCAGCAUGGCCUCACCUUGGAGCAGUCACUCGAGCGAGUCCUCGUUCACGUCAAUCUCGGACAAGCAAGAAAUCAACUCGUCCAGCAUCAACCUUGUCGGCAACAACCAGCGGAGCUCCAACAGACUACACCCAAACGCCUUCGGUCAGCAACAGCACCCUGACAGCGGAGUGACAAACACCAUGACCGAUAACUUUGGCCGAAGAGCGUCCAUGUCACAGCUCUCCUUCUAUGGCGGUGUCUGGGACCAGCCCGACCAAGUGUUACCGCAUAGGCAUUCGAGCUCGUUCCAAAUGGGAUAUGAUACGCACUCCUUCCCAGUUCCUGCAUCAACCAUCCAGGGUCAGGCUGAAGAGGAUUCGGUACGAAAUACCGACUGGGACAAGGACCUUUCAGGCCCGGAAUCGCUUGCCACAAUCCAUGACGACCUCUCCUUCCUCAUCGAAAGCGCCUCGAAUCAUAACUUGGCACUCCAGACGUUCUCACAGAGGCAACGUCAGCACCUUCCAUCCUCGUUGUCAUCCAGUCGGCGUAACAGUCGCAUACUCCCGAACCCUAUUCAACCGCCAGGAAUCUCUCACGCAAGGAAGCAGAGCGUGGACGAACUGAUUUUCAAGGAACAGGACCAGCCUGAGGACAAAUUGGCCCAUCUUCUUAACGCCAGCACUAGCAGCACUACAAGCUCGGACCUCAGCAUUCCCGAGGAUGACUCCCUGACAGCCUCGUCGACUAUGUCGUCGUUUUCAAACACCUCCAAUCAGAGCAACAAACUCCAACACGGCGGAUUCGUUCCUGGAUACGAUCCUUGGGCUGAAAAGUCUGACAUUAUGGGCACAAAGGGAGCGAGCGCUGGACUGGACAUUCAAAGUCAGCGUCGCAAGUCCGAGUCAGUACUCCAUGAUCUGUCGGCAAGUAACCUGGACUACUUGACAAUGAGGUCCAUUUAUCAACAGUCGGACUCUCUCAAUGUGCCAACUGGAUCGUCCAUUCCACCUCACCUUUCCGAUCGAGCUGUCAGUCCGACAAACAAUAGUGCAGCUGGUGGACACACAAAGUCAGGACAGUUCACUGGUAGUCGCGCCCCAGGAAUGCGUCCAGAAUCUAUGUCAUAUGAACAUCAUCCGUUAUCGCGUGUGGAAAGUCGCGAGUCAGAUGUGACAGGGGUGGACACUGGAGCCCUGGGUCACCAUCUGAACUCGACUCAGUCAACAUCGCACCCUCACUUCGAGACGACUAUCCCUACUGAGUCCGGAUCGAGCGCUCAACUCAACGAUGGCACCACUUUGGAGAUGUGUGGACUGUGUGGAGUUCAGCUAGCGAUAGUCCCGUUUGGGUCAUGCGGACACAGUCCACCAUGUCCAUUCUGCACCCACGGAGUCAUCCCAGCACAACAAUCAGUGUCGUCAGGAAGGCCAACUAUGCCAGGCGCGGAUGCGGAUCAGCAGAACCGGCACUAUUCUUUCCUCCACGUGCCUCAGCAGACGUAUUCAGGCCAACAGGGACCCCAACAGAUGCAUCUGCAACGACCUCAGCGGCAAAGGCAGACUUUCGCAAAUCGAGGUCCUCACGAUGACACGAACUCUGACGACAUGGGUGACGGUUACCCUUUGAACCGUCAGUACCAUCAAACAUUCCCCACUUACGGCGCCGCCCAUGCUACAGCACUUCUCUGGACGUCUUCGCUUCAACUCGACACAGCGCCGAUCAUUGCCUCUGGCAACUCAUCGAUAUCUGGUCCCUCUGCUAACCACGGGAACUAUGCUGGCGGAGCUGGACCAACGGAUCACUUUGUCCAGAAUGCUGGCAAUGGUGCUCACCAGAAGCCUCUGCCAGGAUUCUUCCCACUUCAAGCAUCUACACACGGCGGUCAAAAUGCUCAGAGACAGCAGCACUCGCACAGACAGGGGCUGGACCAGUACGCACCCAGCUUUCAGCCUGGUUUAUCUAUGGCACAGCAAUAUCACGAUGGUGGCAACAUGGCAGCUAUGGGACGUCCCGGGAUGAUCAACCCGCCAACGGGAGCAUGGCGUGAAGGCGGUUCUGGGGUCGUUGAUUAUACUUCGCAGGAGUAUGCUUACCAGCAGCAGAUCCCGAUGCCUCCGCAGUACUUGCAACAACGUCACGGAAGCCAGCAACACAUGGUGUUACCUCCAACGGUCGGCAACUUUCCUCAAGGAUACCAACACUACGGACAUGCUAUGAACAACCUGGCAGGACCUGGAGCGGCUCCAGGCGCACCAUCGGCAGUACUCUCCUUCCCAGUCUUGCCAGACUUGCCACCAGCCGUUCCACCUGCUAAACCAAAGACCAAGGCUAUCCAAUGGGCAGUUGUUCGCGUUACCAACAUUCCAUGGGAUGUAUCUCUGCAAGACAUGCUCGGAUUCUUUGCCGGAUUCCCGUAUCCUCCCGAGCAUCUGCUCGCCCAAAACGUCCACAUUCUCAUGGACAGAACGUCAGGAAAAACCUUCAACUCUGCAUUCAUUGAGCUGGCAUUGACGACCCGCCAAGCAGGUAUGGUGGCGCAGGCUCGAAACCAGAGGGUUCUGAAGGGAAGGCAAGUCUCGGUUGAGCUAUCGAGUCAGGACGAGCUUCUGCGUUCAGUGUUCCCCAAGUGGACUGGUGACUUUGUGGAUGGAGAGCCUUUGAUCCCUGGAGAGCGCGUCUCCGUCCAAGGCGCUGAAGAAGAGGGAGACAGGGGCAGCCAUAAUGUUGCGCCAUGGCUCAUGGAUUCUGCAAAGCAGGGGCAACCAACGCCACCAUUUGUGACGCGCGACGAGAUCAAUGCACUCCUUGUCAUCUGUCGCAACUACAAGCUGCACUUUUCUCGCAAGUGUGCGGAGAGACCGUUCGAAAACAUUCUCUCGAUCCUGGCGAAAUAUCCUUGGCAUCAGUCGCACCGGGUACUUCCUUUGCAUCGGGACCACAUCUUUGAGCUGCUCAAGUUGUCGAUUGAGUCCCUGAGGAUGCAUCUCAGUAAGGAGUACAACACCAUCCACCCCACGCUCUUGACCCGCAUGGUCCGCUGCGCCGUCUUGACACCCGCCUUCACAGAGAGACAGAAGAACAUGGUUCUAGUCGUGGCUGGCGUGACCUGUCCUGAGGACCUUGUUGGUUGGAUGGCCCCACCCGCACCACUUGAGACUGCGAUGGCUCCUCUGGAUACUCCUGGUGACCUCAAUGUCGUUGCUGAGAAUGCCGAAGGCGACUCUGUAGUUCCAUCUGAUCCUGACAUCUCUCUUGCAAAAGGCGAGCAUGAGUUAUCUGAGGUCAAGUCCAUCGAAGAGGCUAUCGAGUGUCUAGGCAUUUCCGAGUCUGCUACUGGUGAAGUUCUUGGUGGACGUUCCAAGGCAGCAACCGCGACAGAUGCCGCCUCGCCCGUGACCAACCCCAAGGAGGUGAAACCUAGCAUGCCUGUCACGACAUGGGCAGCUGUUGUAGCGCCAUCUUCCAAAGCUGCAGGACCAACCGAGUCAGCAUCGAGUGAGAGUACCCCUACAGCGACCCCGGCGCCUCCUUCGAACACCUCACUCAAGUCUGGAGCCCGCGAUCUGACACCUGCACCAUCCUACGCUGCAGCUGUUGUCCAGACUACUGGCGGCGAUGUGACCCCCAAGGCGUCUUCUCAAGCUUUCCAGAACCCGUGUGGUAACCUGGAAUUGGGCUCGAACGAAUCUGGCUCACCAUCAUCCCCUACCAGCCUCGGCUCUCUGGUGGCACAUUCGAGUUCGAAUGCUUGGAAGUCUUUGGGAUCGCAUUACCGACACAACUCUGGCCGAUCUCUCAGUAUUUCAGGCAUCUCAUCCUUUGCUUCGCCCAACACCCAGCUCAUGCCUGUCGGCACCAUUCCUUAUACAUUUCCCUCGCUCACGUCCGCAUCAGCGGCCAAUUCUACUGUCUCGCCCUUCCGCAGUGCCUUCCUCAAGAACAGCGGCGAGUCAUUUGGAGGAGAUGGAUCUGGAUUUGGAAUUCAUUCUACCGCAUUGAUCGCCAGUGGACGACAUCAUCGUGGCGGAAGCUUACCUAAGUUAGCGAUUCCUCGAGGAGCGAGUGAGACGACCAGCUCUUCGACGACGGCCUCUUUGGCAUCUUCCUUGGUGGCGACGCCAUUCAACACAUCUCCCGUGUCGGCUACUCCUGCGGUGACUGGAGAAAAGUCCACGAGUGAGUCGAUCCUGAACGCGAUCAAGACGAUUACGCAGUCGACGCCUCGUUUGACCAAGUCGGGAUCGGUCAACCAGAUGCCUCUGUCUGUUUCGAGCACGUUGCUGAGCGGCACCACUUCGACGACUGGUCAGAGCUCGGGAAGCAUCGGCGGCCUGGGUCUCGGCUACAAACAGCAACGCCGUGAGGGAGGUGAAACCCUGUAA